AUGCCGCCAAAAUCAUCAUCAGCAGCAAAGCCAGGCGGCAAAGGCGCUGCAUCGUCCAAAGCUAAAGCACAGCAGAACAGAGAAGAGGACCUUCAGCGAGAGCCAUUGCAAGCCGUCGUACUUGCCGACGCCUUUUCAAAACGUUUGGAUCCUUUGACUACCGACAGACCAGCGUGUCUACUGCCGCUAUGCAACGUUCCGCUCCUCGACUGGACACUUGAGAAUCUGGCUCUGGCUGAAGUCGAGGAGAUUUUCAUCCUUGCCAGUCGCUAUUCAGAUCAGAUCAAGAAGCAUCUCGCAACUUCGCCCGCCCGAUAUUCGCUCCCAAGGAUCACCGUCAUCGCCACCCCUGAUGCACAAUCGCUCGGGGAUGUGAUGCGAGAGCUCGAUAGCAAGCAGAUCAUUCGCUCCGAUUUCAUUCUCAUCCAUGCCGACUCGGUCGCAAAUAUGGACCUCGCCAGCAUCGUCGACGCGCACAAGCGACGUAGAAAGAAGGACAAGGACGCCAUCAUGACCAUCUGCACCAUGCCCGUCGGAAAGCGCAGCAGGAUUCGCACCCCAGGCAACCUAGCGCUCUUCUUUGUCGAGCCUCACACGUCGCAGCUCGUGCACUAUGCGCCCGUGCCUGCAGCGCCCAGGAUGAGAUCAACCAGCUUGCCGCUCGAAGUGUUCGACGAAGACGCUGCCGCCACCACCCACAGUCUCUCCCGCGGUGCUGAGGUGGAUAUUCGAAACGAUCUCGUCGAUUGCGGCAUCGAUAUCUGCUCGGCAGAUGUACCACCGCUCUUCUCGGAAAAUUUCGACUACCAGACGCUUCGCCACGACUUUGUGCUUGGAAUCUUGACAUCAGAUCUCCUGGACAGCAAGAUCUUCGUUCAUGUUGCGCCUACCGGUCCGCCAGCCUCGGCAGUUCAGAUCGCUGGCUCUUCUUUUCCACAGACUGUCGGCGCUUCGCUCUACGGCCGCGGCUAUGCAGCACGCGUCAAAUCGCCCGCCGACUACGACGCCAUCACAAAGGAUGUCAUUGGACAGUGGACGUAUCCACUCGGUCCUGCCGGCUACCUUCCCGGUGGACAGCGAUACAGCUCUCGCUCCGGUCUGCGCUUCGUCGGAGACAAUGUCGUUCUCAGCCGAACCUGCCAGCUCGGCACACAUACCCUCAUCGGGUCUCAGUCCGAAAUCGGCGACAAGGCCUCGCUGCACCAGUCUGUCCUCGGAUCCUCUGUCAAAGUCGGCAGCCGUUCCAGCGUCUCUGGUUCUUACAUUUGGGCCAACACCACCAUCGGUGCCGGCUGCACCAUCGAACGCAGCAUCCUCGGUGCCAACGUCAAGAUUCUUGAUGGAGUCAAGAUCAACAAGGGUUGCAUCGUCGCAGAUGGCUGUGUCGUGGGCCCCGACGUCGAGCUUGCCGCCUUCAGCAGGAUUGCCAACAAAAGGUACAAGUCCGAGUUCGACUUUGACAGCGACAGCGAGCUCGAAGGCGGCGAUGACGACUCUUUGCGUGCCAGUGACCGAGAUGCAGGUGCUGCAGGCGCCAAAGACGCUUCGUCCAAGCAGCUCGGUGCUCAAGGUGUCGGCUAUGUCUGGCCAGCAUUGGGAGACAAGCCCAUCAAACCCGAGGAAGCGAUGGAUUCGGAAGCUUCCGACGAUGACGAUGAUGAAGACGAAGUCGACGAGAUCGAACGCUCGCGCAACUUGCGGCUCAUGCGACUGGGUGCGAAUCUGGACGAGAUGCAGAUAGCCGAUUCUCUAUCGGAUGUGUCAUCCAUCGGUGUCGGAGGCGAUUCCGAUGCCGACGAGGACGAGGACGACUUGGUGUCAGGCUCGGACGGCACCAUGUCUUCCGACGACGAUGACCUGCUCGGCGAUUCAAUGAUGCUCGACGGAGGCGAGACCAACGUCGAGAAGCAAGCAGCAGUCAAGCGACUCGACGAGUUCCGCUCCGAAGCGACUGCAUCGCUCGAACGAGCCUUUGAAGAGAAUCACACGGUCGACGAUGCAGCUAUCGAGCUCAAGACUCUCCGCAUGGCAUCCAACGUUCCACUCAAGGAAGUGCGCAGAACCGUCAUCGGCUUCAUCCUGCAGAAAUGCGAUCCCGAACAACCCAAACAGAUGCUCAAGGUGCUCGACAAAUGGUGUCCCCUCAUCUCCGUAGUCGCGGUGGACGAUCAAAUCGAAGCUCUCGCAACGGUGCAGCACUUCUGUGCGCUCAACGAAGGGUAUUACAAGAUCUUCUUGCCGCUCUUGAAAAAGUUUUACAACGACGAUAUCAUCAGCGAGGAGAACAUCAUUGGAUGGUGGAAGAGCCCGUUGAGUCGAGAGAGCGGCGAAGAGGUGGGCGGAGAGAAGAACGGACAGCUCAGGAAAGCGGCUGAAGAGGUGAUUCGGUACAUCUUGGAGAGUCAGGAGAGCAGUGAUGAGGACGACGAUGAUGAUGACGAUGACGACGAGGAUUCCGAGUGA